UGAACGGCAGAAGCAAAGCUCCGGAAGCGCUGCCCCCAUUGACCCUCCAUCUCUCACCCACCGCCAUCCAUCCGCCCCACCAUGUCUUCCGCCGUCCUGUCCCGGUCGGCGCUCCGCCAGACACGAACCGUGCUGCAGCGACGUUGGCAAUCCUCCACCACCGAAUCGGCUAAGGAGGCCGUCUCGGAGAAGGCGGCUCAGGCCAAAGAAGGAGCAUCACAGGCCGUCAGCAAGGCGCAGUCGGGUCUGUCGCGAGUGACGAGCUCUGCUGGCAACGUGAUGGGCAGCGCCGGCCAGGCGAUAUCUGGCAUCGGCGGCCGAACGGGGAGACUGAUUGGCUAUGUGCAAGGCUUGAUACCCCCAACCCUUUACUAUGCUCGCGUCGGAGGCGAAUUGGCAAAGAUCAUCUACCGAGGAAGGAGCAUGCAGCCGCCCACCGUCGAAACCUUCCAAGGCUACCUCCGACCCGUCACGAAUGCCAUCCGCAAUCCCUCUAGCCUACAAAAGGUGGCUGGAGCAGCCGAUUCGCAGAACUUCCUCUCGCGCGUACGAAAUCUCGACGGCGACACACUUGUGGGCGCCGGCAUUGUCGCUGCAGAAGUGCUCGGAUUUUUCUGUAUUGGAGAGAUGAUUGGGCGGUUCAAGGUUGUGGGAUACCGUGGCGGAAACGGUGGACACGGCGAACAUCAUUGAGUGAAGAGGUGAAGGUGAGAUUCGGCGAGCGACUACCUCCUGCGCCAGAAAGCGGUGUAAGAAGCCUGUGAACAUAGAAAGGCAUUCGCUGCCAUCGAAUAGUGGCGUGGAAGAAGGUAGAUCUGUGUCGCCGCUACCUAGUAAGCAUAGAAACCGAAGCAUCUCGUCGCCUUGCAAG